AGUUGCCAUUUCUGAUCAGACUGUCGCCAUGAGAGGACAUAAGACGAAGAGCAGAGAAUACUUUGAGGACUGCAGAGGAGAAAGCAGUAGGAGCGAUCACUCACAGGGCAAGAAACAAAAGGGAAAAGUUAGCAGGAUGCCGAAAGAAUGUGAUUUUCACUUUGAGGAGCAGGUGGAAGCAGCUCUCUCUAAGUCACAGCUGGAGGAGCAGAGCCACGAGAGCAAAACCCUCGGGCCUGCUGUAAAGAACGUCAAGCUGAUGUUAGAAAGUGAGCAGAUGGAUUGGUGGUGUGAACCGUCAACCUCCGCUCAGGCCACAAGGUGCUUCAAGAAGACUGUACAGGGUACAGAAAGAUCUCCUUGUGCUUCCUGUUUACCCUAUCUUGAGGAGCCCAGAGAGGAAGCCAGGAAGAUGGCAUCUGCCUUGAAAGAGGCAGAAGACCUCCUGGAGAUGCAACGCCUCUGCUGGCUGCAGGAGAAAUUCUCCAUGCUGGACGAUAUAGAGGAAACUGCAGAACUCUCUCGGGCUCGUUUAAAUGUGCAGAUAUGCGAGAACGAAACCCUCGCGGCCUCUCUGAGGAAUCUACAGCAGAAGUUUGAGCGUUGUCAGGCGGAGUGGCAGAGGGAAAGGACAUCUCUCAUUCAGGCCACGGAGGGUUACAGGUUGCGAUAUGAAGCAAAGGAGGCCGUGGAAAGAUCUCAGGCUUCCUAUCGAGAUCAGCUUGAGGAGCAGAGAGAGGAAACCAGGAAGAUCGCAUCUGCCUUGAGACAGUCAGAGGAUCUCCUGGAGACCGAACGCCGUUGCUGGCAGCAGGAGAAAUUCUCCAUGCUGGACGAGAUGAAGAAAGCCACGGCUCUUUAUGAGGCUCGGCUGGAUGAGCAGGAAUGCGAGAACAAAACUCUCGCAGAUGCUCUGAGGAACGUUGAGCAGAAGCUGGAGAGUCAUCAGGUGGAGUGGCAAACGGAAAAGACAUCUCUCAUCCAGGAUAUGCAGCGGGAAGCAAAGGAGGCUGUGGAAAGAUCUCUAGCUUCCCAUCAAGCGCAGCUCGAGGAGCAGAGAGAGGAAGCCAGUAAGGUCACAUCUGCGGUGAAGAAGGCAGACCGAUCUCUCUUCGAGGCUCAGCUGGAGGAGCAGAAACGAAAGAACGAAACCCUCACGGCUGCUCUGACCAGUGUUGAGCAGAAGCUGGAGAGUCAUCAGGUGGAGUGGCAGGGGGAGAAGACAUCUCUCCUUCAGGCCACAGAGCGUCUCAAGCAGACGCUGCAGGAGUGGGAGGAGAGAGUCAGCUCCAUGAAGUGCCAGCUGGAAGAUCUCACGAGAAAGAAGAAGAAAAAGGCGAAAUGGUACAGGCGGAUCUUCUGUUUGGCCUGAACCACUCAGGAGCUGACGGGAGGCUGACUCAAACACACGCAUUUGUUCUCCCUGAGCGAACUGGUUUUCUUCAGGUGCUCCUGUUAGCCCACGCAUUUGUAUCUCCCUGAACAACAAUUGGUUUUCCCCGGGUGCUCCGGUUAGCCUACCUUAAUUGAAGAAGAAAUUCUUCAGUUAAAAGAAAAAAGUUGAAUCAGUUCAGGUUGUUCUGAGGUCGUCAGGUGGAGUGGCGGGAGGAAAAGUCAUCCCUCGCUCAGGCCACAGAGGGUCUCCAGAAGACGGUGGAGGAAAUGGUUCAGAGGGUUCUUCUAGUGGCCUGAUCCGCGCUCCACGCUCAGGAACUGACAGGAGACUGACUCAGACGCACGCAUUUAUUCUCCCUGAGCGACUAUGUUUUGGUUUUCCCCGGGUGCUCCGGUUAGCCUACCUUAAUUGAAGAAGAAAUUCUUCAGUUAAAAGAAAAAAGUUGAAUCAGUUCAGGUGUGUGAAACUGCCACCGUGUCACAAACAUACGAGAACAAAUGCUCAGAGACCCAGCCAUCUAAAGAGAGGGAGACCUCUCUCUCUGAAUUGCUUUUCCCGAGGUUUAUUCUUCUAGUGGCCUGAUCCGCGCUCCACGCUCAGGAACUGACAGGAGACUGACUCAGACGCACGCAUUUAUUCUCCCUGAGCGACUAUGUUUUGGUUUUCCCCGGGUGCUCCGGUUAGCCUACCUUAAUUGAAGAUAAAAAUUAGUUAAUUUCAAAAAAAAAAAAAAAAAAAAAAAAAAAGUUAAAUUAG